CAAGAAAAGAAAUCCAAUCACAUCGAACUUGAAUCAAAACUACAAAUUAGAGUUUCGUCCCAAGAAAACACAAAGCCCGCAUACAAAAAACGAAAUUCACGAGAAGUACCAACAAGAUAGUCAAGAAGAAUACAUCGAAUACAAAAAUGAGCGAAAUUAAAAUAGCGGAUUCAGAUCAAUUAAUCGAUUCAAAUCAUAUAGAAAAAGUUAGUACGAUUGGAGUAUUUGAUUCGGAAGGAUCUAAAAGACCAUUUGGAGAAUUAAUCAGACAUGGAACUAAGAUUGUAAUCUUCAUAAGACAUUUUAAUUGUGGUUUUUGUCAAGAUUAUCUCAUCGCAAUUAAAGAUAAAAUGAGUAAAGAAAAAUUAGGAGAUCGAGAAAUAAUCGUUAUAGGAUGUGGAGAUUGGUCAAUCAUAAAACCAUACAAAGAAUUGUUGGAUUAUCCAUUUGAAAUUUAUUCAGAUGAUACUCGUCAAUUGUUUGAUGAAUUAGGUAUGAUCUGUAAUUUAUCCACAGGGGAUGAAAAGCUUCAUGGCCAUUAUAGUCAAGGAGUAGUUGCGACUGUGCUACAUAGUAUAGCAAAUGGUUGGAGAAUGGGGAUUAAAACUUUUUUACAAAGUGGUAAGAUUUCUCAAUUAGGUGGCGAGUUUAUUUUCAAAGAUAAUGAAUGUAAAUUCGCACACAGGAUGCAAAAUACACGAGAUCAUGUAGAGCCAGAAGAUCUAGAGAAAUUGAUCUUACGAUUUUAGGCCCUGUUUGGUAUAACUUACAAAAACUGGGAGAAAUUAUUCAAAAAUAAUCUAUUUUCUACUUUUUCAAACUCGUUUGUAUGUUAUCACUUUUGCCCCUCUUUUCAUAAUCCAUUUUCCAACGGAAAAUCUAUUUUUUUGGUCAAUAAUGUGGUAUUUUGAAAGCUUCUCAGGAGCAGUUUUCAAGUCCAAUAAUCUGUUACAAACCCCCAAAGAAGUGUCCAAGAUUGGGACUCCAUCAGAUCAAUCUUAAUUUCUCUCCUCAUUUGAGCCAGUACAAAAUGUUCUCUGGGUGCUUGACAAUCUAAACUGUGCACCUCACCUUUGCAACUCUUGUUUUGCAAUUCCAAAUUACCUUUUCUUAUUU